AUGUCUCCUCGCUGUAUGGUUGUUCGACGAAUCGGCCCACAUCCUGUUUUGGUAGCAGUUUUGGGGCGCCCGGAUGAACGUGAGUGUGUCAUUACCUGCAUCAACGGCGGUGUGAGCGUUACCUGUCGGGGGAGCGGGUUGCUCAUCGACGAUCAAUGUGGUAUCCGUCUAGUGCUUGUCAGCCAUUCCUCCAGUAAUUUUUCAUUGCUGGUGGUGCUUCUUCGGCUGUGGAUGUGGAAGCUCCUCUCUCACGCGAAGCAGUUACACUUCCAUGUGGGGGAGGUAGGUUUGAACCCGGAGGUCAAGAAGCAAUUUUGGGAUGAUUUGGACGAGAUGGUGCGUAGUAUCCCGCACACAGAGAAGUUGUUUAUUGGCGGAGAUUUCAGUGGUCAUAUUGGGGCUAGUGCUGGGGGUUAUGAUGAUGUGCAUGGCGGGUACGAUUUUAGGGAUAGUAAUGAGGGAGGCAAUUCACUGUUGGAGUUUGCUAGAGCUUUUGAUUUGGUUAUAGAUAACUCGAGUUUCCUGAAGAGGGAAGAGCACCUGGUCACUUUUCGAAAUUUAAUGGGCAAUACUCAGAUUGAUUAUCUUCUCUGCAGGAAAUGCGAUAAAGGUUUGUGCACUGACUGCAAGGUCAUCCCAAGUGAGCACCUCACAACCCUACAUAGGCUCCUAGUUAUGGACCUGGAGAUCAAGAGGAGUAGGAGGAAGAGGGCGGGGGUAGUUGCUGGAGAGGUCUUAAGGGUAACGAAGGGUUCUCCUGGGGGUCAUAAAGGGGACUGGUGGUGGAAUGGAGAGGUUCAAGGUAAAGUGGAAGCUAAGAAAGCUGCUUAUUUGAAGCUAGUAGAGAGUACAAACGAGUAG